UCUCCAUUUCCAAUGCAAACACAUAUAGAAAAAGCAUUAGUCAUAAUAAAAUGUAAUUGAAAUUAUGAAUUCACUUUCUAUGGUCUCGUAAUACUUAAUAGCAAAAUUUUAUAACAAAAAAAUUGCGAAAGAUAAGCCAGUUGCAAAAUAAAACUAAAAAGGUUUACAUAGAUACGAAAACUUACCGGCGUUUUAAUAUCGCAGUUCCGUCAGUGAAAAUUGUGAAGCUAUUAAUUUGAAAAACAUUAAAAAUAUACUCAGCUGCCGAGAUGGCUUCCAAAGUGAUGGUGAAGUUGCCCUGUACGUCGUUCGCACAAGUAAACAAACCCGGAAGCAUAAAGGAAGGUUUAGUCGUAACUGGAGGAAGAAAUGAUAAUGGAAAUUACCAUUUGGAAAUGCAGAAUGGAAAUAAAAUUAGUAGAAUCGCCCAACUCGAACAGAAUAUUCGAUUCUUGCAGCAACAGCAUCAACAAAUGCUCGACGGUCUUCACAAGGAGAUUGACAAUUUAAGAUGCAGGAAUAGAGAACUGCUGUUUCAUCUAAUUUUCACUAAAGGAUCUGUGCCAAGUCCUUUAUCAACUCCUGAUGAAGAUGUAGAAUCCAAGGUUAGUCCUAAGAAUACAAUUCCUCUCCAAGUGGAAUUGUUGGAAAAGGAACUAACUGAGCUAAAACUGCAACUGCAAGAGAGCGAAAAUCAAAACGCUUAUUUAUCUGCUAUUGUCGAAGAGCAAAAGAAAAAGCUCGAACGCUACGCAAGAGAAAGAGAACGAGAUUUGGAACGUGUAUCCAAACCAGAUCCUGAACUUCUGCAUAAAUUGGAUGACGCAGAAGCUUUGAUUCGUCGAUUGCGUCGGGAGAAUUCAGAACUGCGCAGGGAGCAGGCAAACAUCCCCACUCCCUCCUCCAAUUCAAGCGAAUCUUAUCGCCAGAGGGACAGGGGUAAUUACCACAACCAGCGUCCGGGAUCAACCGAGAAUAAAGGUAACAGGCAUCGUAACAACGGAGGUGGGAGGUCUAACUAUAAGGGAAACUGGUUUCCCCCGCUACACACGCAAAGUUAUUGGCAUGGUGGCAGGGCAUCAGACAAAGGUGGAGACGAUGGAGAGGCCGGCACAUCUUUCCCGAAUCUCACCCAAGGAGGGGGAGGAGGACAUUACCAGAAUAGGAGGGGAUCCAAUAAUAAUCGGUACAACAUAACUGACGGGAGGAAAUACGAAGGCACGCCGAAUAAAGGCAAAAGGAGAAGUUAAAUGUGCUUUUAUUGUUUAUUAGAAAAUCUUUAAAUUUGUCAUACUUGAAGAAAGAUGCAUACAAUGUAACCGCUCCGUGAAGGUUUUGAUUUCUAUAUACGUAGACACACACACACACACACAAACACUCACACACAUACACAUCCCUCAGAAA